UCUGCCCAAACAGCCUAAUGCCUUGCAAAUGCCAAAACAAGCCUGAAGAACUCAGAUAAGCAGAAGUGAUGAGAAGUGAUAAAACGCCUUUUCGGAGGACAGAGAGAACAGAACAGCUAGAAAAGAUAUCUCCAGGAUGUGCAAGACUCUCUCCAGCAACCACAGCUGUUAUUCUCGCCGGGCAAGCAGGAAGAGUCCAGGUCACAGGAUGUUGACCUGAAAGCUUUGGAUGACUGCUGUCCACGCCAAGGAGAUGAUCAGCUGCAACCGCAAAACGAGGAGGAAGAUAUAAAUCAAAACAACUGCAACCAUGUAGAGUCCUGUCUGUCCCUGGAUGGCUAUUUACAGCUUCUGUCAUCGCAGAUGGAAAACGUGUUAGAGGCAAGUUUACUGGAAGAUACACAAGUUGCUACUUCUGGUAAAGGCCAAGACCCAUCAUCUUCACACUGUAAUGUAAGUUUGACCCAGACACUUCGCCACUGUUUCAGUCCUCAUGAUGCCACGCUGCUAAGAACAGACUACCCCACGCAAUCAAAUUCAGAAACAAUGCAUUUACAAAGGCAAGAGUCUUUUCCUCAGUCGAGCUCCAAUAUCACAAAUCCAGAAUCACUACUUCAUGGGUCAGAUUUGACAGGGCUCGCUUCAGCUGCUGACAUUAUGAACCUAAUGGCCCACAACGGUAAUUUUGAUGAAAUUAAACUCAUGUCUUUGGCUUUGGAGGAAGGUUUAGAUUCUAUAGAAGUUUCUCAGCCCUUUGAAGAACCUGGCUUAUAUUCGGAACUGUCUUUGAAUUCAGAUCACAGCAUCGUCUCUUACUCAAUCUGCAGUGAGCCUGCUGUUGGGUACAGCAGUGAUGUUAAAUCUGUUUCUUUGCAUGGCUUAGAAGCUGUUGGUGGCAAUAGCCAAGAACACAGUAAAUAUGUCCAUGUAGAAUAUCCAGGUGAUUCGGAGUGUUCUAGAGAAGCCACACUUCAGCAGCCUCUUCAUAAUCACACUUAUAAUCAGCUAGUGAGUCAAGCAGCAUCCACUCUGGAGCAUCAGCAGGAGAGGUGGAUAGAGAAACCAUCCAAAGGAAAGAAUAAGUGUCAUAAUUCUACUGCUACAAACCUUAGCAGAGAUGAACGCUGUGCAAAAGCUCUGAGAAUACCAUUUUCGGUAGAGGAAAUUGUGAGCAUGCCCGUCGACACGUUCAACACCUUCCUAGCACAGAACCAUCUGACGGAUACUCAGGUAUUACUUCUACGCGACAUCAGACGAAGAGGGAAAAACAAAGUUGCUGCCCAAAACUGUCGUAAACGCAAACUGAAUGCAAUUCUUAACUUGGAGGAAGAUGUACAUAAUCUUCAAACACAAAAGGAGAGUCUUAAAAAGGAGCACUCUCAGUGUAGCAGAUCAAUCAGCCAGAUGAAACAAAAGUUAAACAACUUGUACCGUGACAUUUUCAGUAGACUAAGGGAUGACCAGGGUAGACCUGUUAACCCCUGCCAAUAUGUCAUUCAUUGUAGCAGGGAGGGCACUGUUCUCAUAAUACCAAAACAUUUAGCCAAAUCUGAACAGAAACAAGGUAUCAAAAAAGAGCAAAAACAAAAAUAACAUGGUUUGCAGAUUAUUUGUUUGUCUGUUUGUUUUCCUGAAAGAAUGACAUUUGUAUGAAGACUGUAGGUCAGUGAUUACAGUAGUACAAGCAGAAAAUACUACAUUUGAGGAGGAAGACUGCAUGUUCAAGGGUCUGGCAAACCCAGCAGACUGCCAUCUGUUUGGAGGUCUACAAGCUGAGGCUUCCGAAGUAAUCUCUGUUUAGUUUUAAUUAGAAUUAAAGGAGCUAAGCCAUCAGUACAAGCAUAGUUGUAUAUAGCUACGUAAAACAGAAAAAUUAGUUUCCGUUGAUGGGGCAGAGAGUGUGGGGAGCACAUCAGGGCAGGGGGGAACAAGCUUUAGAUCAAAGUUAAAGGUGGAAGAAAAACGUGGUUUAGACCCAAGUACUUCAUCCUUCUUAUACAAAGUGACCUUUCUAUUAUUCUUUUUCAGAACUGAAAGAAAAACAAGGUUCAUGUUCACCUUAAAUUCACUGUGGAUUUAUGUAUUUCUAAGAGAUAUGUAGUGCUUUGCAUUUGUUAGAUGUGUUCUGCUUUUCCUAGCUUUCUUUCGAGGAGAAAGGGCCAGGAGGCUGUUGCAUUUUUCUCACUACUUUCACCAUCAUAGCUCUGAGAAAACAGUACCAAUUAAUUUCACAACUCACAUGGACAAUAUACAAAUAGAGUGUGAAAAGUAAGUAGUAUCUGAUGCAAUAUUGCCUUACCUUCAUCCUCUGCAACCAAAUAAUUCUCAAAUUUCUCCCAUGAAAAUGAGUGACCUUCACUGGGUUCCUGUUCUGUUUCCUAGUUUGUGAUAUAUUUGUUAUCUUCCCUUCCCCUGCAUUCAGAUACAUUCCUCAAGGAGAAGGACUAGUGUUUCUUUGUAGCUUUUUAAAACUAGUAUUUUGUAAGUAUCUUCAAAGUUACUACUUAUCUGUACUUGUGAAAAUGAGGUUAUCCUCCAAUAGCAGCUUUAAAUGAAGAUAAGAGCUUUGGGAUUUUAUAUUUAUUUGUGGUAUGAAAAAGAAGACAUACAUUCACUCACCUGCUUAUGCAGUUCAUCCUUUUCUACUUUACAACUUAAAAGGGUCUGCCAAAAAGAUGGCCUAAAAGGCAUGUAGUGAUUAGGAAGGAAUGUUAAGAGGCCUACGAGUUGGUAUGGUAUUGAAAUAAUCCCUAACGUUAACAACUCAAUAGCAACAAAUACUACAAACCCCAUAAAACUGCUAUUAAAAAAAGAGGUUGCUGGUUAUGGUAUAAUGACAGCGUAGCAACUUUAUGAUCAGUUAUUGUAAAAUAAAGUGUUUGCAUCAAACACAAUAAAACUACACAUACAUGCAAUAUAAGCUCAAACACCAAAUGAUACCUUUUGAAAAAAUAAACUGCCAUUAUCACGUAAACGCUGUUGUUUGCUUGCAGUUCUGUUUACAAUAACGGGUAGUACUGAGUGCUGUUUUCAACAAAGGAAGCACUGCCUUAGAGUGAAAAAUGCACCGAAUUGUUGGCGAUGCAAUCAGCCAUUUCAAACAAUUUGCCCUGCAUUUUCUAUUAAAAGAUUUCUUUAAAUAUCUGUGUGCAUCUAUUCUUUUUCAGUUUUGCCACAGCCUCAAACGGCUACAGUAAAUUCAUAGCAGAAACUCAUUAGCCAGGCCCUGAAAUUUCUUGCUGUUAGUCAAGCAUCAUUGUGAAGUGCAUCCAUCCUAACUGGUACGCACAAGAAUUUAUUAAAUCACUAGUUCGUGAACUUCCAACUAAAACAUGCAACAGGUAACAGACACCUAUGAUGAAUUGUAAACUUCAUUUCCAGUCCUGGGAAAAAAAAAGAAAAAGCAGCUCUAAGUCAGCAGAGUUCUCUUUUAAUUAGACGGCCUAAUAAGCAUCCUUAAGUCCAUGCAUGCAGCCUUUGCAGGACCAGGGCUUCAGAUCUACUUCAUGGCCGAUGUGCAAAUUCUGAUAGAUAUUAAAUUAGACCCAUAAUGAGUAAAACCAGGAACUGAAAUAUUCCUGUUCUGAGGCUUCACAAAUUUCUAGUCUUGGGGGGAAGGCUAAAUCCUCCAAUAUCCACUCCUUCAGUAUAAGCGGAGUGAGGUCUGAGAACUCACGCAGUCAGCUGCUAAUGAAAUAAAGUAUACAGCCAUUUGAUUAAUGAUUAUGUCAUGAUGUUUUGGCACGUGCUGAAAAUAAGGUACAUGUUGGAACUAAGACAUAAGGAGUGAUUUCUUCACUGUGAACAGUGAGGCACUGGCACAGGUUGCCCAGGGAAGUUGUGGAUGCCCUAUCCCUGGAAGUGUUCAAGGCCUUGUUGGAUGGGGCCUUGGGCAGCCUGAUCUAGUGCCGCCCAAGGGAGGGCGUUUGGAACUAGAUGUUCUUUCCCUUCCAAUCCAAACCAUUCUACGACUCAGUGAGCUAUCCUAAGGGAUAAGCAGCGUACUUCAGCAGAUUCCUAUAAAACCAAGGUACUGGCCCCAACCCCAUCUAGCUCUGUUGCAUGUAAAUUUACAGACUGAAAAACAGCAUGAACUGCCCUCAGCUAAUUCCACUCCUGUUAUUUUUCAACAAUUGAGUUUCCCUUAGGCAGACUGAAAAGCAGCAUGAACUGCCCUCAGCUAAUUCCACUUCUGUUAUUUUUCAACAACUGAGUUUCCCUUAGGAAGUUUAUGUAUGAAACUCAACUAUCAACUAUUCCCCUACAAAAAUCUCUCAGGUGAAUUAUUGAUUCUAGGCAGACUGAAUGCGGAUGACAGAGUAUUAGGUCUGGAUGUACUUCCUUCACAUACCUACCCACAGAGAAAACAAAACUGUAGACAGAACACAGAACGUUGGGGUUUUUUUUCAAUUUUAAGACUGCUAUAAAUUUUACCUAGAAAUGGUUUAUACUGUUUUAAGCGUCUACCCUGUGACGAGCCUAUGUUUAAAGGAAAAGCAAAACACCACCACUCAUUGCUUAGUCUUGGCUACCCCUUACAUUUUCAUAUCCUUAUUUUUUCAAGUUAGAAGAUAUGAAAAUAGCAGGUUCUACAGCAAGCUUUCCUCCCAAAGCAAAGGGUUCCUGGAGCUCCUUUUAACAUGCUUUAUAUAACGGCUCUACUGUAUUUUCAUCCUAUUCACAAAAAGGAGACACUACAGAAGUGUGAGGGAAAACUUGGUAACUGAAAUGCUUGUAAGAAGUGGGAAAUCCCUAACUGAAGUCUACUCUGGCUUUCUUACUGAUACAUCGGAACUUUCAAACCCCCUAAAUCGUUAAGUGUACAAACCAGGAAUUAUGCUGUGUAAGAAAACAACAUGGAAUCAAACUUGAUUCUGGAGCCAGACGUCCAGUGAAAAAGCAGUUAGGGUUGCAUCCUACCUCAAUACUAACUGAGAGAAAGCAUCUCUCUGCAGCAGCAGGAACAACUAAAACACUUUUAAGACUUGUUUUGUUGCUAAAAAACUGCAAAGCAGAGGAUUGUAGACUUAACUAUUAAUACAGCAACGGUAAAAUGCAAAUACCGGCGCAGGAUGUCUCAGUAACAUACUGUUCCCAUGGUAAAGCUAUUAAGUAGUCUCUAAUAUCUGAGCAGUAAACUGUGGUUUUGUUACAUGAACAAUGACAAGUAAAAGGUUACCUGCAAAAGGUUAGGAAAGGUCAGAUUGAGUAGAGAAAAACACUUGGUGGUGGGGAAAUGACAAGGCAUACAGAUUACCUUCUCUAUUACUGCUGGUAGCAGCUCGCACAGCUACAACAGCUUCAGGCAGGAGCUGCUCUCAGACCCAUAACUUCUGCAUGAACACAAGUGUAGUACUCCAUUAGAA